AUGAGCUAAUAAACAUUAGUGUACAGAUAAACAGUACAGUCAGUGAAGACCGUUCCAUGGCAGUACAUUAGGAUAAAUAACAGAGAAAACAAAUAAGAUUUAAGUUGAGAUUAAAAGUCUGAGAUAGAAGUGAUGUUAAGGGGGAGUAAAAGGAAUAAAUUCCAGAUGUUGGGUGUUACUACGCUGAAUGACCUGCCACUUAUAGAAAUGAGGUGGAAUUUAGGGACAGAGGAGUUUUCUGGACCCAGAGGAGCAAGCGGAUCCGGUUGUAAGGGAGAAGCAUUUCACAGAGAUAGCGAGCUACCAAACCGUGAAGUGAAGUAUUGGCACCCUUCAAGAAAACAAGCAGAAAUUGUUUUACAAAUUAAACAUUUCACACAAGGGUUUUCUCUCUCUAAUGAAAAUCACUUCAUAAAAACUUAUUAAAAUAAACCUCUAAAUAUAAUACUUGAUAAAUAAUAAAUAUAAAAAUGCAGACACACUCAUGUCAAUCAACACGUUGCUGUUUUUGGAAUUCUUCAGUAAAUUUGGAGUUGCUUUUGAACAUUUCCUGUUUGUUGGAGGUAAAAAUAAUCAGCUGCACACGUGUAAAGUCUCAUGUUUAACUGAUUAUCAUAGUGGAAAACAAAGUAAACAAAAAUAUUUAUUACAAUCAGUUUCCCCAACGACUCCAAACAUAUUCCACAUCAACACGGGUUUGGCUGUUGGACACAUCAGUGCUUUGUAAUGACUGGAUUUGACACUGGGCUGUGAAUUAAAGAUGGCAUCGGAGAGUGUGAAGGAGUUCUUCAUGAAGGAAGGGGCUGAAAUCUCAUAAACGUUCCUCAGACAUCACAGCAGGGUUUAUAUUCUCUCCAGUGCAGGAAAUUUCACUGAAUGAGCAGCAGUGUAAAAAUGAAGGAUGAUGUCAGUGCACUUCAGGGAGAAGUGUACACCAUGGCACUUUAAUUGAGCAGCGACAGCGUUUUUCAUAACAUUCCCAUCAUUUUGUAAUUGCUGCUGCUGCUGUGUGUGUGUGUGUGUGUGUGAGUGAGUGAGAGAGAGUCCAUGAGACCUGAUGAAGCUCCUCCGCCCCCGAGGAUUGCAUUUCACUAAAACUACACAAAAUGAAGGGGACUGGUGGGAGAUCAGUUGUGUGUGUGUGUGUGUGUAUUUGUGUGUAUAAACUUGCUGUUCCUGCUGCAGACGCUACAAUUGCUUCUCUCUGCUUCCUCAAACUGCUCCAGACUGUACCAUCUACACACACACAGGGGCUGAGCUCAUCUUUCUCAGACUGGAUAAGGGGACAUGAGGACACACACACUCACACACGCACACACUGAUCUACCACUUCAGGAGAGAGAAUCCCCCCUCUCAUCCUUCCUUAUUUGGUAUGGACCGUGGGGUUCCAGCCUGCUGAGGCGGUGAGUGAGAGAAAGACAGCGAGAGAGAGAGAGAGAUACAGAGAGAGAGAGAGAGAGAGAUACAGAGAUACAGAUACAGAGAGAGAGAGAGAGAGAGAGAUGGUCUGAGUGGAUGCGUCUGCUUUGCUGUAGCUGCGUCCUGCAAACAGACUCUGAAUAUAAGAUAUGCGUCUCCAAGAUGUCCACUCGAGGGUGCCAGGGUUCGGACUCGCUCUUCAGGCCCCUGGAUUCGAUCCCUGAAGAACGCCGGGCGCGAGUCCAGCGCACUCAGAGCGGCUUCGAGCCCUUUGAUAAACACACUAGCCAGGUGAAGAGAGUGCACUCGGAGAACAACGCCUGCAUCAACGCCUCGGGGAGCAACACACACACAGAGUCACCCAAACUCCGCCGUCACUCCAGCCCCAGCUCCGUGAGUCCGACCAGUCCAAAGUUUGGGAAGGUUGAUUCCUACGAGAAACUAGAGAAACUUGGAGAGGGUUCAUACGCCACUGUUUACAAGGGGAAGAGCAAGGUGAACGGGAAGCUGGUAGCUCUGAAGGUGAUUCGGCUGCAGGAGGAGGAGGGAACACCUUUCACUGCUAUCAGAGAGGCAUCUCUGCUGAAGGGUCUGAAACACGCAAACAUUGUCCUGCUACAUGACAUCAUACACACCAAGGAAACACUCACACUCGUCUUCGAAUAUGUGCACACAGAUUUGUGUCAGUACAUGGAUAAACACUCCGGGGGGCUCCACCCUGAAAAUGUCAGACUUUUUCUGUUCCAGUUGUUGCGAGGUUUAUCCUACAUCCAUCAGCGUUUCAUACUGCACCGAGACCUCAAACCUCAAAACCUGCUGAUCAGUGAGAGUGGUGAACUGAAACUGGCUGAUUUUGGUCUAGCCCGUGCGAAAUCUGUUCCCAGUCACACAUACUCUAAUGAGGUGGUGACUCUGUGGUACCGACCCCCAGAUGUUCUGCUUGGUUCUACUGAAUAUUCCACCUGCCUGGACAUGUGGGGCGUUGGCUGUAUCUUUAUUGAGAUGAUUCAGGGCGUGGCUGCAUUUCCUGGUAUGAAGGAUGUGCAGGACCAGCUGGAGAGAAUCUUCUUGGUACUUGGUACUCCAUCUGAAGAAACAUGGCCAGGUGUGCACUCGCUUCCUCACUUCAAACCAGAUCGGUUUCCCGUGUAUAGCGCCAAAAAACUUAGACAAGCCUGGAACAAGUUAGGUCAUGUGGAUCAUGCUGAAGAUUUAGCCUCCAGGUUUCUUCAGUGUUUCCCGAAGAAGCGUGUUUCUGCUCACACAGCGCUGCAGCACGAGUUCUUCAACCAGCUGACAGCUAAACUGAGGGAGAUCUCAGACAUCUCCUCCAUCUUCUCAGUGCCGAGUUUGAAGCUGCAGCCCGAGUUGAAUAUCACCAACAUCAAGACAAACAGCAAAGGAGCCUCAUGUGGUAAACAAUGACAGGUUGUUUUCCCUCAGGAUGAAGAAAAGACAUGAAGGAUGCAGAGUCAGCUCUGUUCUUUUAAAUUAUUCCUGUCUAAGUGUGUGUAUGUGUGUGUGUGUGUGUGUGUAUGUGCGUGUGUAAAUAAGAGGAAUGUCACACUUAACAAUAAUAUUCUUUAAAAAAUUUUAUUAGAAAUGUUUACACAUUGUUGAUAUUUAGAGAUUAUUUCUCACACACACACACACACACACACACACACACACACACACACAUACACACAGCUUUGUGUGUAUGGACAUGAGGUAUGAGAAUGUAUGUACAGAGAAACUCAUUUUCCUCAAAAUGCCACAGAAUUUUUGUUUCAUGUUUUUCCUAUUCUGGCUCCGCCCCUGACCACACCUUUCACCAAUGACCACACCUCUUUUUGUGAUCAGUCUGUACACAUGCACGCAUCUUUAUUGUACACACACGUACAAUAACAAUAAUAAUAACAACAAUAAUAAUAAUAAUGACACUGAUGAUGCUGCCUGCAGGGACCGAAUUAAAGCAAUGACACACACACACACACACACACACACACACAUAGUACUUCAGAGAUCAGUGUGUAAUACAGGCAAUACACCUAUGUGGUGCUACAGUGUGUGUUCAGAUCAUUUUAGAUCAGCCUGCAACACACUUUCACACCAGAACUGACCAAUCUCAGUUCAGCUGUGAAGACCUGUGUGUGUGUGUGUGUGUGUGUGUGUGUGUGUGUGUGUGUGUGUGUUUAAUCGAGAGCUUCCUGUGUCACAGAGCUGUGUGUGAAGCUGUGUGAAGUGCACACUCCACUCAUACACUUAAUCAGAGUUAUGAGUGUGUGACUUCCUUUAAUACAAUAAAAACAGCAAUGAAAGGCCCAGCACUGUUACUCUGUGUGUGUGUGUGUGUGUGUGUGUGUGUGUGUGUGUGUGUGUGUGUAAGUAGCCUUGAGUUUUAUUGUAAAUUUACAAUGAAAAUUAACACAUACAGUACAGCAAACACACAUAAAAUACAACACACACACAGUACAAAACAACACACAGCACAAACACCUGCACACAGUACAAAACAACACACACACAGUACAAAACAACACACACACACAGUACAAACACCUGCACACAGUACAAAACAACACACACAGAGUACAAAACAACACACAGUACAAACACCUGCACACAUUACAAAACAACACACACAGAGUACAAAACAACACACACACACAGUACAAACACCUGCACACAUUACAAAACAACACACACACAGUACAAAACAACACACACACACACAGUACAAACACCUGCACACAUUACAAAACAACAUACACACAUUACAAAAUAACACACAUACAGUACAAAACACACACACACACACACACACAGUACAAAACAACACACACAGUACAAAACAACACACACACACAGCACAAACACCUGCACACAGUACAAAACAACACACACACACAACAACAACAACUGUCCAUUUUCUCACACACCCCUCGGUAUGUGUGUUUAUUUGGGAGUAAGCAGGAAGCAGGUAGUUGGUCAGAGGUGCAGCAGUGUUGUGGAUUAAUAAACAUCGCAUUGUUCAGCUUUACAUCAGAACAGCUUCCUAACUCUCGCUCUGCAGAACACGAUUCCUGAAGAACUCAGAGCUAACUGCUAACUGUAAAAAACAGAACUACUGUACUGCAGGUUCUAAAGUGGGUUCUAAUGCACCCUUCUCCACUUCCCUGUGAUUGUGUCCCCUUCUUUUUAUCAGCUUCCUGAAGUGUGCUAGAUGAGGGGUUGUAGACUUUAAGAGCACACGCGUUUAUCCAGAAUGCAUUGCAGCACUCAGAUUCAGUUUUAAGUGUUCUUAAUGUUAACAGGAGCAAUAAAAUCUUUAUUAUUUAAAUUCUAACAUGAACAUGUGAUUAUAAACACACACACACACACACACACACACACACACACACACGACACUGAAGGGAAAAAAACUUCAGUUCCCACAGUGUUUAGAUUGCAUGUCAGGAAACAACAUAUUUGUUUUAUUUUGUUUAUUUUUGAUCAGAUAAGGGACAGCAUUCCACAUCAUGACAUGAUCCCACAAGACAUCAUCACACUCGUUCACUCAGUCACAAUCAGCAAGAAAAAGAAAUGAAAUAAACAAACAUCAACAUGAAGGGAAUUUAACACACACACACACACACACACACACACACACACACACACACACACUGUAAAUAAUAUCGAGGGUGUGUGUGUGAUGCGUCAUGAAUAUCCCCUGGAGGUUAACAUUAUGUACUCAUUAUGCAUUUGCAUACAUCUUUUCUCUUUUUGCACUGACACUCAUAAGCUUUUGGCCAUGUUACACCUCCUCGUAAACUGUUAGAAACUGUUAUAAAGUGUGUGACGUCAUUAUUGUUAUGUCCUUCUGUAAAGGUUCACUGUUGUUUUAACUGAAAUAAAUAAAGUAUUUCAAUGCAUAAAGACA